CUCUUGUGUUUUUCGCCCGGCCUGUGCUCUCAGCCAUGAGCCCCGGCCCCCGCCGCUGGCCUCGCGACCCUGGCUGGAUGCUCCGCGUCCUGGCCUUGAUGGUGGCGGCUAGCGACCGGCUCGCCUUCGCCUUCAACCUGGACACUCGAUUCCUAGUAGUGAAGGAGGCGCUGAACCCCGGUAGCCUCUUCGGCUACUCGGUCGCCCUCCAUCGGCAGACCGAGCGACAGCAGCGCUACCUGCUUCUGGCUGGUGCUCCCCGGGACCUCGCCAUCGAUGAUGACUACACCAACCGGACUGGUGCUGUCUACCUGUGCCCCCUCAGCGCCUCCAAAAAUGACUGUGAGCGGAUGGACAUCUCAGAGAAAAGUGACCCUGACCAUCACAUUAUUGAAGACAUGUGGCUUGGGGUGACUGUGGCCAGCCAAGGCCCCGCAGGUAGAGUCCUGGUCUGUGCCCAUCGCUAUACCCAGGUGUUGUGGUCUGGGCUAGAGGACCAGCGGCGCAUGGUGGGCAAGUGCUAUGUGCGUGGCAACGACCUCCAGCUGGACCCUGGUGAUGACUGGCAGACCUACCACAAUGAGAUGUGCAACAGCAACACUGACUACUUGCAGACCGGCAUGUGCCAGCUGGGCACCAGCGGCGGCUUCACCCAGAACACUGUAUACUUCGGUGCCCCUGGUGCCUACAACUGGAAAGGAAACAGCUACAUGAUUCAACGGAAAGACUGGGAUUUAUCUGAAUAUAGCUACAAGGGCUUAGAGGACCAAGGAAACCUCUACAUUGGGUACACGGUGCAGGUAGGCAGUGCCAUCCUACAUCCCACGGACAUCACUGUUGUGACGGGUGCCCCACGACACAAACACACGGGCGCUGUCUUCUUGCUGAGGCAAGAGUCAGGUGGAGACCUGCGGAGGAAGCAGGUGCUGAAGGGCACGCAGGUGGGCGCUUAUUUUGGCAGUGCCAUUGCCCUGGCAGACCUGAACAAUGAUGGGUGGCAGGACCUCCUUGUGGGUGCGCCCUACUACUUUGAACGGAAAGAAGAGGUAGGCGGUGCUGUCUACAUCUUCAUGAACCAGGCGGGCACGUCCUUCCCUGACCAACCUUCCCUCCUGCUUCAUGGCCCCAGCCACUCUGCCUUUGGCGUCUCUGUAGCCAGCAUUGGUGACAUCAACCAGGAUGGAUUCCAGGAUAUUGCUGUGGGAGCUCCAUUUGAGGGCCUGGGCAAGGUAUACAUCUACCACAGCAGCUCCGGGGGCCUCCUCAGGCAGCCCCAGCAGAUAAUCCAUGCAGAGAAACUGGGACUGCCUGGCUUGGCCACCUUUGGCUACUCUCUGAGUGGGAAGAUGGAUGUGGAUGACAACUUUUAUCCAGACCUGCUAGUAGGAAGCCUGUCAGACCACAUUGUGCUGCUGCGGGCCCGGCCUGUCAUCAAUAUCCUCCAUAGGACUUUGGUGGCCAGGCCAGCUGUGUUGGACCCCUCGCUUUGUACAGAUACUUCUUGUGUUCAGGUGGAGCUGUGCUUUGCCUACAACCAGAGCGCUGGGAAUCCUCACUACAGGCGAAACAUCACCCUGGCUUACACACUGGAGGCUGACCGGGAUCGCCGCCCACCCAGGCUCCGAUUUGCCCGCAGCCAGUCGGCUGUCUUUCAUGGCUUCUUCUCCAUGCCAGAGACAUAUUGCCAGACACUGGAGUUACUGCUGAUGGACAAUGUCCGUGAUAAACUCCGUCCCAUCGUUAUUGCCAUGAACUACUCUUUACCUUCGCGCAUGCCCGAUCGCCUCAAGCUGGGGAUGCGGUCUCUGGACUCCUACCCAGUCCUCAACCAGGCACAGGUUCCGGAGAACCACACUGAGGUCCACUUCCAGAAAGAGUGUGGGCCAGACAACAAGUGUGACAGCAACCUGAGGAUGCAAGCAGCCUUCGUGUCUGAGCAUCUGCAGCCUUUAAGCAGGCUCCAGUACAGCAGAGACACUAAGAAACUCUUCUUGAGCAUCAAUGUGACCAACAUCCCGAGCCGCGAGCGGGCUGGGGAAGAUGCCCAUGAGGCACUGCUCACCCUGCAGGUGCCAUCCGCCCUUCUACUGUCCUCAGUGCGCCCGGCUGGGACCUGCCAAGCUAAUGAGACCAUCCUCUGUGAGCUAGGAAAUCCCUUCAAACGGAACCAGAAGAUGGAGCUGCUCAUUGCUUUUGAGGUCAUCGGGGUGACUCUGCACACGAGAGACCUUCUGGCAGUGCUACAGCUAUCCACGUCGAGUCACCAGGACAACUUGCAGCCCAUGACGCUCACUUUGGAGGUGGACUACACACUCCAGGCCUCACUCAGCUUGAUGAACCAUCGGCUGCAGAGCUUCUUUGGUGGGACAGUGAUGGGUGAGGCUGGCAUGAAAACCGUGGAGGAUGUGGGAAGUCCCCUGAAAUAUGAAUUCCAGGUGAGCCCAGUGGGAGAUGGGCUGGCGGCCUUGGGCACACUGGUUCUAGGUCUGGAGUGGCCCUAUGAAGUUGCCAAUGGCAAGUGGCUGUUGUACCCCACGGAGAUCACGAUCCACAGCAAUGGGUCCUGGCCCUGCCAGCCAUCUGGAAACCUUGUCAACCCUCUCAACCUUACUCUCUUGGUCCCCGGAGACAAGCCACCAUCUCCACAGCGCAGGCGGAGACAACUGGACCCAGGGGGAGACCAGGGUCCCCCACCUGUCACACUAGCUGCUGCCAAAAAAGCCAAGUCUGAGACUGUGCUGACCUGUGCCAGUGGCCGUGCCCGCUGUGUGUGGCUGGAGUGCCCCAUCCCUGAUGCCUCUAACAUCAGCAACGUGACCGUGAAGGCGCGGGUUUGGAACAGCACCUUCAUUGAGGACUACAAAGACUUUGACAGAGUCAGGGUAGACGGCUGGGCUACUCUGUUCCUGAGAACUAGCAUCCCUACCAUCAACAUGGAGAACAAGACCACAUGGUUCUCAGUGGACAUUGACUCAGAGCUGGUGGAGGAGCUGCCUGCUGAGAUUGAGCUGUGGCUGGUGCUGGUGGCCGUGGGUGCCGGACUGCUGCUGCUGGGGCUCAUCAUCCUCCUGCUGUGGAAGUGUGACUUCUUUAAGCCGACCCGCUACUACCGGAUUAUGCCCAAGUACCACGCAGUGCGUAUCCGGGAGGAGGAGCGCUACCCACCUCCAGGGAACACUCUACCCACCAAGAAGCACUGGGUCACCAGCUGGCAGAUUCGGGACCGAUACUACUGAUGCCCUCCCUGACAUCCCUCCUGGUGUUCCCUCCUUCCUAUUUAUCAUAAAUUAUGACUCCGACAAUCCAGAAGGGGCCAUGCAUUUGGCUGGCACCAGAAGGCUCAGGCA